AUGAUGUUCUCAAAGCCUGCCGUCCUCGCUACCACUGCUCUUGCUACCUUUGCGGCUGCCACACCGCUCGUGGCCCGCACCGAGCCCACUUGCUCUUCCACUGAGAUCAAGUGCUGCGAGAACGUUGGGACUGCGGCCGUUGUCAGCAGCGUCCUCACGCCCAUCCUCGCCUCGAACGGCCUUGGGACUUUGCUUUCCCUCCUCGGUCUCAACGCCGUUGUCGCCCUCGUCUUUGGCGGUGUCGAUGUCGUCCUCGGUCUCACCUGCAGUGGCAUCGAUGUCGGUGGUAGCUGCAAUGCUCAAACCGUGUGCUGCGAGAACGUCCAAUUCAACGGGUUGAUCAACGUCGGUUGUGUUGCCAUUGACAUCUUGUAA